GAACCCGGACGGCACAGACACGCGGGCGGGAGGCCGGAAGCCGCAGCGGCAGCAGCGGUGGGCGUGCGGGGACUGCGGCCGGGCCUUCGCGGCGCCCUCUGAGCUGGAGCGUCACCGGCGGCGCCACACCGGCGAGCGGCCCUUCGCCUGCGCAGCCUGCGGCCGGGCCUUCGCCGCCGCCUCCUCCCUCCGCAAGCACCGGCGGGUCCACGCCGAGCACCAGGGGCUGCCCUGCCCCGAGUGCGGCGGCCGCUUCAAGAGCGCGGAGACGCUGCGGCAGCACCGGGCCCUGCACAGCGAGGGCGCCGGCGCCCUGCCCUUCGGCUGCGCCGCCUGCCCCAAGCGCUUCCGCACGGCCUCGCAGCUGCGGCGGCACGGGGCGGCGCACUCGGACGCCCGGCCCUUCCCCUGCCCCGAGUGCCCCCGGCGCUACAAGAGGCCGGAGGAGCUGCGGCGCCACCGGGGGGCCCACACGGACGAGCGGCCCUUCCCCUGCGCCGAGUGCGGCCGCGCCUUCCGCCGCUCAGCCGAGCUGCUGCAGCACCAGCGCGCCCACUCCGGCGAGCGGCCCUUCGCCUGCGCCGAGUGCGGGCAGGCCUUCGGCCAGGCCGCCCACCUGCGCAGCCACCGGCGGGUCCACUCGGCCGAGCGGCCCUUCCCCUGCCCGCGGUGCCCGGCCCGCUUCAAGAGCGGCCAGGCGCUGCGCUCCCACCGGCGCACCCACACGGGCGAGCGGCCCCACCGGUGCCCGCAGUGCCCGGCCGCCUUCGGGCAGUCCGGUGACCUGGCGCGGCACCGGCGCAUCCACACCGGCGAGAGGCCCUACGCCUGUGCCAUCUGCCAGGCCACCUUCGCCUUCUUGGGCAACUACAUGAGGCACCGCCAGAUCCACUCGUGACGCGGUGGAUAUCGGUGAAUUACCCACAGUGCCCAGGGAUAUGUAGGUUAGCAUGGAUUGGCCGUGCUAAAUUUCCCAUAGUGCCCAGG